AUGCCAUCUUCUCCGCAAUGUGUCGCGUGGCCGAACGCGGAUCCUGUGUUGACACAGGAGCUCUUGGAAUUGUUGCAGCAAGCCAUCCAGUACAAUCAGGUCAAGAAAGGUGCCAAUGAAGUCACGAAGUCCCUGAGCCGAUGCACGUCUGAGAUGGUCAUUCUCGCUGCCGACGCUGAUCCUCUCGCGAUAGUGAUGCAUAUUCCAUUUCUUUGUGAAGACAAGAACGUCCCAUACGUGUUUUUGCCUAACAAGCUCGCGAUCGGUCGAGCAUGCGGUGUGACCCGGCCGAUUAUCGCGGCCACCAUCACCUCGAACGAGACUAGUGACCUGGCUCCACUGAUCGAGCGGCUUAGGGACAAGGUGGACCGCCUUGCAAUCUAA